AUGGACUCUCCAGAUCGCAUCCUCGCGGAGAGGUUCUCCCUGCAGGUCUGCGCCGACGAGGCCACCAAUGACCACUGGGGCGUGCUCGGCUGCCGCCAUGGGCGCGUCCUCGUCGUCAACCGGACGCGGUGUGAGCUCGUGGUGUUCGACCCCAUCUCCGGUGACCGCGGCAUCGUUCCGUUUCCGCCAGAUUUCGACAAUCACGCUUACAACACCAAUGGAGCUUUGAUCGGCGACCAGCAGCUCCGGUCCAGCGCAUUUCAGUUGGUCUUGGUAGGCUUUUCUGCCAAUGGCGGCGUAGGAGUUACUGCAGCCAGCGUCUACUCCUCGGAGACCGGUGAGUGGGGACAACUCAUUGCUGCAGCGAGACCAUGUGCUGUUGGCCAUCUCCCCUGCACACUCAUUGGCAAAAGGCUCUACUGGUGGCUCACUGAGCGUGACCAUGGUAUACUGGAGUUCAGUUUGGAAACCAAGAGCCUAGCUGUGAUCACCAAGCCUUCCAUUGAGAACAUCCACAGCUGCCGGAGCCGGAUCAUCAGUGGGGAGGAUGGCGGUGUUGGACUCGUCGUAUUCUUGUACCCUAGCUUGCAAAUGUGGGACCCUAAGGUCAGUGAUCGGGGUGUCGCGACAUGGGUGCUGCGGAAGACAGUUGACAUGCGUGGCAAGCUUGCUCUGCCCUGUAACUUGGAGGCAGGGAAAUCGACUAUUCUGGGGUACACUGAGGAUGCGGAUGCGAUUAUUAUAUCGGUGCACACAUUCCCCUGGGUGCAGAAUGGCGAUGUUUAUGUCUUCCUGGUUCAGCUCGACUUAAUGCAGUGCAAGAAACUCCAUGGAAGCUUUAUGGAAAAUUUGUAUCACCCGUACGCAAAUUUCUACGUCGGCCCAACGGCGCUCAAACUUCUUGGUCGUCUAGACAGUGAAUGGGAUACUGCUGUACCACAAGCGUAA